AUGGAAAGUCUUUCUAUUGGCGCAGAGGCUACUGUAUACAGAAGCAGCGAGUAUAUUAUAAAAAUAAGACACCCAAAGGAAUAUAGAAUACACGAGAUAGACAGUUCUGUGAGGAAAAGCAGAACAAAGCUUGAGAAAAUGCUGCUAAAAAGGAUUGAGCACUUGAGCAUUGCGCCAAAGAUAUUUGAUAUGGCGGUUCUAAAGGACGUGCCUGCGGAAAGCAUAUGCUUGGACAUGCAGUAUGCCAUCUGCAUGGAAUAUAUAAAAGGAAACACUUUGAGAGAUGUGCUUGCAUUGCACUCCAAAGACCGUGAUAUAGAGAGUAUUUUAGCAGAUGUAUACAGAUGUAUUGGCCAGCUGCAUGGCCAACAGAUUGUUCAUGGUGACCUAACACCAAACAACAUCAUUAUAUCUAAUGGAAGUAUAAAGAUAAUUGAUUUUGGUCUUGGAAAAAUAUCAAACAAGAUUGAGGAUAAGGCAGUAGACCUGUAUGUGUUUGAAAGAACACUUGCAUCUUUAGCAGACGUUUCACUGGAGGGCUCUUAUGCAAAUGUAUUUGCAGCAUACGCUGAGGGCAAUACUCAGAAUGGAAAGGAUACUUUAAACAAGCUGAAAGAGGUGCGAAAGAGAGGGCGGAAAAGAGAGUUGAAUGCAGUUGGAUAG